CCUAUUUAUAGGAUCACAACACCUCAGAAGGCGGCAGGUUCACAGUCAGCCCCAUCCCACUGGAAUCAUUGCUGGGAGCCUGGCAGGGAGGUGGCGUCCUGGCAGGAGUUCGGCCUGGAGCAGAGCUGAGAGAGUUGGCAUGGAGAGACUGACACCUAGGGGACCAGCUGGCCACCUUCCUCAGGGGAAGGCCUCUGCCUGCUGGCGGCUCACCGUGAGGGUCCUGGAGGCACGGGGCCUGGGCUGGGCUGACGUGUUGAGCGAGGCAGACCCCUAUGUGGUUUUACAGCUGCCAACUGCACCUGGAAUAAAGUUUAAGACCAAAACCAUCACCAACUCUAGCCAUCCUGUAUGGAAUGAGACCUUCAGUUUCCUAAUCCAGACUCGGGUCAAGAAUGUUCUGGAGCUGAGCGUCUACGAUGAGGACUCAGUCACAGAGGAUGAUCUUUGCUUCAGGUUUCUCUACGACAUCGCAGAAGUCCUCCCUGGCAAGCUGCUCCGGAAGACCUUCUCCCUGGGUCCCCAGGGACAGGAGGAACUGGAUGUGGAGUUCCUGAUGGAAAAAACGUCAGAAUGCCCAGAAGACCUCAUCACCAACAACGUCCUUGUGGCCCGGGAGCUGUCAUGCCUGGAUGUCCGUGUGGAGAGCAUGGAGAGCACAGUCCUGGUCUCAGAUCAGGACAACCUGGAGCUGGAGCUGGUUCUGAAAGGGUCAUAUGAGGACACACAGACAUCUACCCUGGGUGCAGCCUCUGCCUUCCGCUUUCACUACUUGGCAGCUCAGGAGGCAGAGCUGAGUGGGCGCCUAAAGAGCUCCAAAAGCGAUGGCUGGAACUCAGACAGCUCAACUGGGCACGUCGCUGUGCCUCUAAGGCGGGUGACUGUGGGGAAGGAGCUGGCCAUUGAUGUUCCUGCGACAGAGGCCCCAGGAGUGAGGCUACAGCUCAAGGCUGAGAGCUGCCCUAAGGACCUGGCCGUGCGCCUGGACUUCGAUCUAUGUGCAGAGGAGAAAGCUUUCCUGAGCAGGAGGAAGCAGGUGGUGGCCAAGGCCCUGAAGGAGGCCUUACAGUUGGACAGAGACCUACAGGAAGAUGAGGUCCCCGUCGUGGGCAUCAUGGCCACGGGAGGGGGUGCCCGGGCCAUGACCUCUCUAUAUGGCCAUCUGCUGGCUCUGAAAAAGCUGGGACUCCUGGACUGUGUGACCUACUUCAGCGGCAUCUCGGGAGCUACAUGGACAAUGGCCCAACUAUAUGGGAACCCUGAGUGGUCACAGACAGACCUUGAGGGACCUAUCCAACACGCCCGGGAGCACCUGGCCAAGAGCAAGUUGGAAGCCUUCUCCCUAGAGCGCCUGACAAGCUACCACCGGGAGCUGGAGGUGCGAGCGGAGCAGGGGCGGCCCACAACCUUUGUGGACCUGUGGGCUCUCGUGCUGGAGUCCAUGCUACACAGCCAGGUGAUGGACCAGAAGCUGUCAGGACAGAGAGCUGCGCUGGAGCGGGGCCAGAACCCUCUGCCCCUCUACUUGAGCCUCAACGUCAAAGAUAACAAUCUGGAGACACUCGACUUCAAGGAAUGGGUCGAGUUCUCCCCCUAUGAGGUAGGAUUCCUGAAGUACGGAGCCUUUGUCCCUACUGAGCUCUUCGGCUCUGAGUUCUUCAUGGGACAGCUGAUGAACAGGCUGCCUGAGCCCCGCAUCUGCUUCCUGGAAGGUAUCUGGAGCAAUGUGUUCUCCCUAAACUUGCUGGACGCCUGGUAUGACCUCACCAGCUCUAGUGAAUCCUGGAAGCAGCAAAUCAAGGACAAGAUCAGGAACCUAGAAAGGAAAGAGGACGCCCCUGCCUCCUUGAGGACCUCCUCGUGGCUGGAGGACUUGUGGCUGCAGCCUGGGACAGCGCUGACCCGGGCAUUGAAGGGCUUUCUGACAGGCAGGCCACUCUCCCAGAACAGCUCCAACUUCCUCCAGGGCCUGCAGCUGCACCAGGACUACUUUGACCAGAAAGAUUUCUCUACCUGGGCGGACAGCCAGCUGGACUCCAGCCCUGGCCAGCUGACCCCACAGGAGCCCCACCUCUGCCUGGUGGAUGCCGGCUACUUCCUGAACACCAGCUCUCCCUCUAUGUUCCGGCCAGGCCGCAGGCUGGACCUCAUACUCUCCUUCGACUACAGCCUAUCCUCGCCUUUUGAGACGCUGCAGCAGACUGAGGUGUACUGCCGAGGCCGAGGGCUGCCGUUCCCCCACGUGGAGCCUGGCCCACAGGACCAAUGCCAGCCCAAGGAGUGCCACCUCUUCUCUGACCCCACCUGCCCCGAUGCCCCUGUCCUGCUGCACUUCCCGUUGGUCAAUGCCUCCUUCAAGGACCACUCGGCCCCAGGUGUCCAGCGCAGCCCUGCAGAGCUACCAGCUGGCCAAGUGGACCUCACCGGGGCCACCUCACCCUACGCCCUGUUCAACAUGACCUACAAGGAGGAAGACUUUGACCGCCUGCUGCGACUCAGUGAUUACAAUGUUCGGAACAGCCAGGACACCAUCCUACAGGCCUUGAGGACGGUCCUGAAGUGCCAGACACAGGGGGACAGACUUCCAGGGGUGCAGUCUCGAGGCUGCUCAGGGGUCCCAGCAUCCUGAGAACCAGACUGUUUCCCAAAGCAGCUGCACCAUUUUGCACUCCUGUCAGCACUGUGUGGGGGUUCCAGUUUCUCCACCUUUGCCAUACUUGUCAUUGGCUGUCUUUUUAAUUAUAAUUACCUAGAGAGUAUGAAGUGGUAUCUCCUAUGCGUCUCUCUAGUGACUCAUGAUGUUAAGAAUCAUUUCACAUACUUAUUGGCCUUUCACAUAUCUUCUUUAGAGGUACAUGACAUUUUACGUGUCUAUUCAAAUUUUUUGACCAUUUUAAUUGAGGUAUUUGUCUUUUUAUUGUUACAUUGUAAGAGUUCUUUAUAUAUUCUACAUAGAAAUCCCAGAUCUGAUGCAUGAUUUGCAGAGCUUUUCUCUGUCUGUGGGUUGUCCUUUUCUUUGUUGAUGAUAUCCUUUGAAGCACAGAAGUUUUUUACUUUGAUGAUACCCAAGUUCUCCAUAUUUUCUUCUGUUGCUUGUGCUUUUGUUGUCAUAUUUAAGAAACCACUUCCUAAUUCAAGGUCAUGAAGAUUUACACCUAUAGUUUUAGUCUUACAUUUGGGUCUUUGAUCCAUUUUGAGUUAACUUUUGUAAGUGAUGUGAGGUAUAGGUUUGACUUCAUUCUUCUGCACAUGGAUGUCCAGUUGUUUCAGCGCCAUUUGUUGCAAACGCUGUUCCUGUCUGCACUGAGUUGUCCUGAGGCCCUUGUUGAAAAUCCAUUAGCGGUAAAUGUGAGGGUUAUUUCUGGACUCUGAUUCUGUUUCAUUGAUCUACUCGUCUGUCAUUUUGCUGAUACCAUAUUGUCUUGAUUUCUGUAGCUUUAUAGUAAGCUUUGAAAUCAGGAAGUAUGAGUCCUCCAAAUUUGUUCUUCAUUUUCCAGAUUGUAUUAGCUAUUGAAUUUCCAUGUCAAUAUUAAGACUAGCUUUU